CUGGGCCCCUGCUUUUCCUCCUGUGCAGCUGGGGCUGUAGCUGCUUUGCUGACUCAUGCUCCCCGGCAGCCAGCAGGAGCUGAGAGCAUGGGCUCCCCAGGGGCCGCGACAGGCUGGGGGCUUCUGGAUUACAGAACUGAGAAGUACGUGAUGACCAGGAACUGGCGGGUGGGCGCCCUGCAGAGGCUGCUGCAGCUCGGGGUCAUGGUCUACAUGGUGGGGUGGGCCCUCCUCGAGAAAAAAGGCUACCAGGAGCAGGACCUGGACCCCCAGAUUUCCGUUAUCACCAAACUCAAAGGGGUUUCCGUGACUCAAAUCAAGGCGCUGGGGAACCGGCUGUGGGACGUGGCCGACUUCGUGAAGCCGCCACAGGGAGAGAACGUGUUCUUCUUGGUGACCAAUUUCCUUGUGACACCAGAACAAGUUCAGGGCAGAUGCCCAGAGCACCCCUCCAUUCCACUGGCGAACUGCUGGGCUGACGAGCACUGUCCUGAAGGGGAGACGGGGACGUACAGCCACGGUAACUGUGGACUUGAGGGCCUGGAGUUUGUCUUGUGUUUUCAAGGCAUAAAAACGGGCCAGUGUGUGGAGUUCAAUGGGACCCACAGGACUUGUGAGAUCCGGGGCUGGUGCCCCGUGGAGAGCAACAGUGAGCCCACGAAGCCCCUGCUGCUCCAGGCUGAGAACCUCACACUGUUCAUCAAAAACACUGUCACCUUCAGCAAGUUCAACUUCUCCAGGUCCAAUGCCUUGGAGACCUGGGAUGCCACUUAUUUCAAGCGCUGCCGCUACGACCCACGCUUCAGCCCCUACUGCCCUGUGUUCCGCAUCGGGGACCUUGUGGCCGCAGCUGGAGGGGUCUUUGAGGACCUGGCGUUGCUGGGCGGGGCUGUGGGCAUCUUUGUCCACUGGGACUGUGACCUGGACGCCGGAGGCUCCGACUGUCGACCCCACUACUCCUUCCAGCUGCAGGAGAGGAGCUACAACUUCAGGACAGCCGCUCACUGGUGGGAGGCCUCAGGAGUGGAGGCGCGGAGCCUGCUCAAGCUCUACGGGAUCCGCUUCAACAUCCUUGUCACUGGGCAGGCAGGGAAGUUCGGGCUCAUCCCCACAACUCUCACUCUGGGCACUGGAGUGGCUUGGCUGGGUGUGAUCACCUUCUCCUGUGACCUGCUGCUGUUGUACGUGGAUGGGGAAGCCCAUUUCUAUUGGAGAACCAAGUAUGAGGAGGCAAAAGCUCCGAAGGGGACUGCCAACCCUGAGCAGACAGCCGGCUUCCCCACCCCCACAUCCGGCUGCCCAGGUGCCUUAGAGGGGGCCCAGCACCUGCCCCCGCUGCUGCUGGGAGCUGGACACUGUCGUCAGGGUGGCCCUAGAACCCACUCGCUGGCCAAUUCCUGA